UCACACCCCCCCAGGAGAUGACGUCAGAGCCCAGGAGAUGACGUCACAGCCCAGGAGGUGACGUCACGCCCCCAGCAUGACGUCACGCCCGCCCCCCGGUGCUGCCCUGCACUGGGAGCAGCAGCGCGCGGCCGACAUCGUGCGGCUCCUGGCCAUGUACCGCCCGCUGCUGGACGCCUGCGUCAUCGAUUUCUUCACCGAGGAGCUUUGGGCGCAGCUCCCCCCGGCCUGGCAGUCGGCCCUGGCGGCGGCGCCCCCCCCGCAGCUGGCGGCCACCCUGCUGGGGACAGGGACGGGGACAGGGACGGGGACGGGGGUGGGGGCACCCUGGCCCCUGUCCCUCCUCGCCUUCGCCGCCGCCGCCCGCGCCCUG